AAACAAAAUGGCUGACAUGUCUCUCCUACCCCAUUUCGUAUUAGAGAGAAUAUUCAUAUACACCAGUUUUAAAGACCUCAUAAGAUGUAGUAUGGUAUGUAAGAAGUGGUACAGUCUCCUCAGUGACGAGGACUCCAUCAUUUGGCGAGCCAACUUCGAAGACGCGGGCACAAGACAUUUCAGAAACUCAAAACACCUCUCAGAGCUACAGACCUUUAGAUCCAAAGCCCUCGCUUAUGAGUGCGCCUGGAACGGACAGGACGCUUCCAAGAACAUAUACAUCAAGGACGACUGCCUAACUCUACAUAGAAAACCAGUGGCCCAAUCAUCAGAUGGUAUAAGAGGAAAGACAGGGUUUCUAAGAGGACAACACUACUUUGUCGUCAUAUUUCAAGGUCCUAGUUUCGGC